UAAGCUUGUUUUUGUUUACUUCCAGACUGUAAUGAAUGUUUUAGGACCAGAUUUCCACGCAACCAAUAUUGGUAAAAUCCAUUUGGUCCAGUUCGACCCUGAAGGCGUGUUUGGUUGGAUUCCUACACAAAGAGAGCUCAUCAAUCAGUUCCUGUCGGAACCAAUAGAAGUCCUAAGUACAAGACCCAGACAAAGGAGGGAGACAAAAGAUGAUUAUGAUGCUGUCGUCUUUCCUCGUAUCCCCAACCCCAUCGCCUGUCUGUCCUCUGGUGACAUGCUCAUAUUCCACCUCACCAUCAACCACACUGACCGCCGUCACAGCCACUUCCCAGUAUAUCAGAAAGACCACUUAUUUAACAGUAACCCCAGCUGGGACUUUGGUGCCUUCAGGCGUCUACAGAUUCUCAUGAAGCAGACAAACUUCAACUCUACAAGGUUUGCCCAUGUGUUUUUGGAAACAGGGAAGUAUGUGUUUGUUGACAGCGCUGUGCCAGAGUGGAGUUUGGUGGUGGUGGUCAGUGAGGAGGGGACAGAGUGUGACCCCCGGGCCUCCGUCUUCCAGCCCAUGACCCCGGCACAGCUGGUCAAGCACGGGAUUGUAAAACAGCACAGACUCAACCUUCUACCUGACUGGGGAGUGAUAACAGGGAUCCUGAGUCUGCUGCUGGUUGUAGUUGUGGUUUUGACCACCACAGUUUUAGUUCUGCGACCUGGAAAAGCAAAACUUGUCUCCCAGUGGAGGGCUAAGCCGAAGUGGCGCAGCCUUGGGGAGCCCUUCAGUCCGGUGGAUUGUGUUUGCAGUGGAGACAGCAUAGCAGUCCCAAGCCAAGGUGGUUACUUAGGUAGGAGGGGUGUAGGAGAGGGAGCAGAGGCUGAGGAGUCCGCUGUUUCAAAAGGAGGAAGUGUGUCAGGGUUCUUCGAUUUGGAGGAGUUAAAUGUGAAGACUCUGUACGACAAACUAGAGGAUCAGAACCUGCACAUAGCCUCACAGCUGGCCCGGCACCGCAAAGACACACAGGAGUUUUAUAGAAACAUUUGUCAACAGACUGAAACACUCAAGAAUGUCUUUGACAAUAUGGAUCAUAAAAAACUGAAUCUUCUUAAGGAGCUUAUAGUCCACAAUGCAAUGAGGGAUAAACCAUCUAACAGCAUGGCAGGAGAGAGGGAUACACAAGCUGAAGCAUCUGUAGCGUUACUGGGAGCUGUUCUCAGGUCAGUGGAAGCCCUCUUAUGCAGGCUCACAGGAGAAGCUUGGCAGAACCAGGAGUUGCCUGCUCCUCCAUACUGUCAUACUAGUGCUCAUGAUGCCAGGGAGUGUGAGCCGCAAGCUGGAUACACACAGCCUGGUGACACCAACAUGUGUUAUACACAGUUUUCUUCAAUGAAUAUGACCAAAGCAGAGCAAGGUAAGGAACAAAUAUGCAAAGCUCCUUGUCUAAGUGACCAUGACCUGUCCAAGCUUGUCAGCAUAUCUCCUCUAUUCAAGACCCUGCAGGAGAUACAACAGUCUUUACAGAACCUUACAACAACUGGCUCGGAUCAGCAUCUUCAUAAUGAGCAUUGUGUCGUUGAUGCCCAGAACCACGACAGGCCACUAGUCCCGACUGCCCUGGACAACCUCUCCCAUCAACACUCGGCCGUGUUCCUGUUUGGUUGCCAGGUGAUGCAGUUGCUCGCAGACUGCCCCCUGUUUCCCUCCGUGCUCCUGCUACUGGCCAAGUCGAUCCCUGUUUCCUCAUCUUCCUCUAAUGAGGCUUUACUGGCGCAUUGUUCAGGGGACUUUUAUUUUGAUGCAACCAAUCAAAUCCUUUAUCUGUCAGAGGCAAAGCUUCAGCAUGUGGGACAUUUCAUCGCUACUAUUCUGCAGUCUAUGGCCUACAUAGCAUCAGGAUCCAAACCUCAGGGCUUUAUGAAAGCUCUCCAUGAGGCAAUUUCAGCUGUAAGCCUUCAGCUGUUCAACAUUUCUUUCAAAUGGAACACAGCAGAAUCUGAAUUUGAUGCUUCAGAGGGGCGGCACGGUGCAUUUGUUGAGGAAUUUCUUAACAUAAGAGUUCCCACUGAAGGGCUGUUCACUGAGCACCUGUUAGCUAGCAGACUUCAAAAAUAUAAAUAUUUCAAGUUAGAGCAGCUCGUCACAAACCUGAAACGGAGUUCAACUGACAGCACGGACACAGGUUUACCACCAAAAGGGACACCAAUGCAGAUGUCCUGCAUAGAGGAAGAAAUUGACCGCAUGACUGAGUCUUUUCUGCAGCUGAGUGUGCAGCAACAGAAGAGAGCUCAAAUGAGCUCAUGGCUGAAGGAGAGAGAGAGGAGUGCUGACAACCAUUCUGCGAACGCAACACCAACCAGCAUGCCAAGCCUGAGUCGUAGUGGAACAAUCCUGCUGGAACUGAAGAGGCGCUAUGUAUCACAGCGCCUCAAUGAGCUCCAAAUCACAUUAGGCCAGAUCAGACAGAGCCAGCAGCAUGACAGCAAGUCAAAAGACGUGACAAGAAGCAGCUCACAAACAGACAGCAUCACCACUCAGCAGGGGAACGGGGAUCUUUACCCUGGCAUAGAAGGAUGCAGUCCUGCUGGCGGCCAGCGGAAGGAUAGUAUUCCAGCUAGCGAGGAUCACAGCCAACAAAAGAAAAGAGCAGAGGUCUUGAUAACUCUAAACUGGAGAGUCAUAUUUCCGACCAGCAGACCAUCGACUCUGUUCAAAGACACAACCCUGACACAUUACUGGACUGCCAGAUGCUGGAGAGUCAAGAUCAGCUGCAUCUUAAUGAAAGCAUGAGAUAAACAGUCGGAUCACACAAGACAACACAACGGGACAAACAGAUAUUGAUGACAUGUGGGAGCCCAAUGAUCAGUAACUGGAUCUGAAUGUAAAUCAAUCCUGAGAAAUGUGUUUCUCUUGCUUUUGUGUGCCUUGUUGUUGUUCUUUAAAUAGCUUUACUAUCUAUGUACAGUUUGAUAUUCUGUCUUGUUUGUUGAAGGAUGACUUCAAAGUGACCUCCACUCUGAACAACUAUUCUGUUGUGUUCUUUUUAAUUAUCUGUGAUCCAGAACAGAAAUAAUUUCUGGCAACAAGCGGUGUGACACAAUCUGUCAUCUUGUCCAAACAGUUUCUCAGGCAGGAUGUAAUACCGGCCCUUCCGACAGGCUCUGUUCAUUACCAUAUUAUAAUUAAGACGAUAAACUUCAGCUUAAUAAACACAAGGUGACACUUA